AUGGAGAGGACAAAGGAGACCAAGCCCUCUGGUCUGAUUUCACCACCACCACCAGUGGCCAAGCGGCAUCCCUUGGAGGUUGUCUAUUCCACUGAUUAUAAGUUCCUCCUCAAUGAGCCAAAGAAAUGCUGGGAGAGGAGCCCUUUGUUGAUCCUGCUGGUGAUAACUGAGCCCCAGGAUUUUGCCACAAGGCAGGCCAUCCGGCAGACAUGGGGCAACGAGAGCUCGGUGCCUGGGGUUUCCAUUCUUUGUCUCUUUCUGACGGGUGUCCACCCAAAAUUUGGAUACCUGCUCCAGGCUCUUUUGGAAGAGGAGAGUUCCAUCCACAGAGACAUUAUUCAGCAGGACUUCCUGGAUACCUACAACAACCUUACCCUGAAGACUCUGGUGGGCAUGGAAUGGAUAAGCAAGUUCUGCCCCAAUGCCACCUAUGUGGUGAAGGCAGACAAUGACAUCUUUCUCAAUGUGAACUACAUGGUGUCCUACCUGCUGCAGCCUCACCUGCCACCCAAGAAGAACUACAUGACAGGUCACAUCUAUAGGAAUGCAAAGCCUGUGCAUGACAAGGCCUACAAGUGGUAUGUGCCACAGGAGGUGUACCCCAAUGAGACCUACCCGCCCUACUGCGCAGGCCCAGGGUAUGUGUUCUCUGGUGAUCUGGCCAAGAAGAUAUACCAGGUAGCAAAGACCAUCAAGGUCAUUAACAUGGAAGAUGCCUUCAUGGGAAUCUGCCUGUAUGAGCUGGGCAUCAGUGUGACAGAAAGCCCCUGGGGUCUCUUCAACGUGUACAAAGUCAAGUAUGAGAAGUGCAAGUUCUCCAAGGUGGUGGUGGUGCAUCACUACGGGCCAGAGGAGCUGCUGCAGAUUUGGCCUGGCUUUCGGGACCAGAACCAGACUUGCAAGAGUUAAAAGGGAGGGAGGUGAACAGACACACAGCCUCUUGUGGAGAAGUUGGCGUAGAGGACUGGCAAUGUGCGGGCAUUUUCCUGUACAAUGGACAAAUCCAUGCCAACAAAUUGCAAUGAGGAAAGGGAAGGAUGGCUCAGAGAAGAAGGGAGAUUCUGUGUUUGUCAAAAUCCGUAUAUAUGCCCUCAGAAGCGAGCUGGCCCCACAUAACAUGCUCAUCGUGCCGUGUGGUUCGUUGCCAUUCACACUGCUCUCCUCCCCGUAGAAUCUCUGCAGCUGCCCAUAGCAACUUGUUUGGUCUGCUCUGAACUGACCACUGUGCUACUAAUGUGCCAA